AUCCGAGCAAGUUCUUUCGAAGAUCUCCUUCUCUUUCCAGACUUUGGUCUUCUGUUACGUCUUCUUUGUCAGAGAAAAAUCAAAAAGAGAGACUAGAGAUGGAUACCUUCCUCUUCACCUCAGAAUCCGUCAACGAGGGCCACCCUGACAAGCUCUGCGAUCAGGUUUCUGAUGCCAUCCUUGAUGCCUGCUUAGAACAAGAUCCGGAGAGCAAGGUUGCCUGCGAGACAUGCACCAAGACCAACAUGGUCAUGGUCUUCGGUGAGAUCACCACCAAGGCCACGGUUGACUAUGAAAAGAUUGUCCGAGACACCUGCAGAGGCAUCGGAUUUGUUUCAGCUGAUGUGGGUCUUGAUGCCGACAAAUGCAAUGUUCUCGUCAACAUUGAGUCGCAGAGCCCUGAUAUCGCCCAGGGUGUUCACGGUCACUUGACAAAGAAGCCUGAGGAAAUUGGAGCUGGAGACCAAGGUCAUAUGUUUGGUUAUGCCACAGAUGAAACCCCUGAGCUGAUGCCCCUCACCCAUGUCCUUGCUACAAAGCUAGGUGCUAAACUCACUGAAGUGAGGAAGAAUGGGACCUGCGCAUGGCUUAGGCCUGAUGGCAAGACCCAAGUGACUGUUGAGUACAAAAAUGAAGGUGGUGCCAUGGUUCCUCUCAGGGUACACACUGUGCUCAUUUCAACUCAACAUGACGAGACUGUCACAAAUGACCAGAUCGCCAAGGACCUGAAGGAGCAUGUGAUCAAGCCAAUCAUCCCAGCCCAGUACUUGGAUGAGAAAACCAUCUUCCAUCUCAACCCAUCUGGUCGUUUUGUCAUUGGUGGACCUCAUGGUGAUGCUGGCCUUACUGGUCGCAAGAUCAUCAUUGACACUUAUGGUGGGUGGGGUGCCCAUGGUGGAGGUGCCUUCUCUGGCAAGGACCCAACCAAGGUGGACCGCAGUGGUGCUUACAUAGUCAGGCAAGCUGCUAAAAGUGUGGUGGCAUCUGGGCUUGCUCGACGCUGUAUUGUGCAGGUCUCUUAUGCAAUUGGUGUUCCAGAGCCUUUGUCUGUGUUUGUGGAUACAUACAAGACUGGUAAGAUUCCAGACAGAGACAUACUUGCUCUGAUCAAGGAGAAUUUCGACUUCAGGCCAGGGAUGAUUGCCAUUAACCUCGACCUGAAAAGAGGAGGCAACUUCAGGUACCAGAAGACUGCUGCCUAUGGACAUUUCGGCCGUGAUGAACCAGAUUUCACCUGGGAGACUGUUAAGAUCCUCAAGAAUGAAAAGGCUUAAGAAGUAUAAUCUCCACCUGCGAACUUAAGAAGUAUUUUAUAACUGUGCAUUGCUCAUGCCGACAAACAGGAUAAAGAAGCAGCAGAGUGGAGGAUGAUUUGUGCUUGAAGUCUUACCAGAAUUUUUGAAGUACCAUUUUUUUUUCAAAAAAAUUGUAUAACUGCUCAUGUUUCUAUUAGAUAAAACUGCAUCUUCGGUUGUAGUAACCCAUUAUGGGUGAAGCUUGUGAAAGGGUUUGUUAUGAUUAUGAAUUUGAUAUGUUUACUGUUUCAUUUCCUA